CCGUGGAGGGGAGGUAGCGCACAGUUUGCCGGAAAUUCAUUAGUAGAAGAAGACGAAGAAGAAGAAAACCCGCGAUACGAAAGCAACAACUAUGAAACAUUAUUUCACAUUAAUAACAGAAGAGUUUCACUGAAAUGAGCAAAUAUAGUUUUUGGACGUUAAUAAUAAUACAUCUGAGACAUAAUGCGUUGUUGUACAUAGACGUGUGCGACGUUAUAACACGACCAAACACACCCAAAGUUUAAAUGUGGUACUCUCUCUAGCUAGUUCGCUGCUUCUGAAGAAAGUCAAUGGAAAUGGAGGAAAUCGCGAUGGAAUCGGACUCAGCCGAGAUGUCUGGAUCCUUACCACAACAAGGGGUUUCUGAUGCUUGGGAAAAUGUCUCUGCAGCUCUGAUGUCUCCUCCUGGCUGCUCGGUGAUGGAGCAGAGCCUCUCGGACUCUUUGGCCCUGCUGUGUAGUCAAGGUCUGGGCCGGCUGCUGGGCGGCUGGCUGCUGGAGACUUUGCAGAUGCGUCUAUCUUCCUCUGUGGUACCCGAGUUCUGGUCCGGACUCAAACAACCGGAGAAUGAGCUGGAGGAGAGAGGCAGGGCCUGGGUUCUCCUCACCACCUUUCGGACUCUGUUAGGCCAACUGGAACCUUUUCUGGGUGGUUUGGAGAGGCUGGGGACGUGGCAGGACGAGGGUCGUGGUAAUCUCUGUGGCCCGGGACCCGGGGGACUCCAGGAGCGGGCCUUCACCAUCAUCAGGGCCCUCCUCCUCUUCUCCCCCUCGCCUGUUCUCCAGGAGAGAGUGCUGGAGUUUUACAGCAGGACCUUCUCCGUCUAUAUGCACCAGGAGGGGCAGGCCGAGGACGGGGCCGAGGUUCCAGACGGCCCAGAUCGAGGGGUCUGUCCGGGCUGUGCGGUCCCAACACAGCAGUGCUGGUGUAAGGAGGCCCUGGAGCAGCUGCAGGAGCUCAGCCACAUACUUUCAAAACUGCAGCUGCUGGAGUGGGUGAGCUCCGAGGCCGUCACCUCUAUCCUCCACAAGCUCAUCGAGCAGCGAAUGGAGCAGCACUGCAGGGGCGAAUACGAACGCUCUUUCCUGCUGGAGUUCCAGGAGUGGCUGGAGCUGGUGCUGGGCUGGCUGAGCAAAGUGUUUGCAAGCGAGGCAGACAGAGACGGUCUGGUUCCUGCUCCCAGUGCUCCCAGCGCUCCCAGCGCUCCCAGCGCUCCCAGCGCUCCCAGCAUCCAGGCCGGCCAGCCUGGCAGCUCCGUCCUGAAGCAGUGGAGAUGUCACAUGCACCAGUUCUUCUGCAGGAUCUACGUCAACAUGAGGAUCGAGGAGCUCUUCAGUAUAAUCAGAGAUUUCCCAGAAUCUAAAGCAGCCAUUGAAGAUCUGAAGUUCUGCCUGGAAAGAACCAACCAGAGACAGCAGCUCCUUACCUCGUUAAAAUCUGCUUUUGAGAGUCGUCUGCUGCAUCCAGGAGUUCACACAUCUGACAUCCUCACGGUUUACAUCUCAGCCAUCAAGGCCCUCAGAGAGCUCGACCCAUCCAUGGUCAUCCUGCAGGUUGCCUGCCAACCAAUCCGCAAGUACCUCAGGACCCGCGAGGACACGGUGAGGCAGAUCGUGGCCGGUCUGACUGGAGACGCUGAGGGCUGCACAGACUUGGCCUCCGAGCUGUCCAGAGGAGACCCGGUGACUCUGGAGAUGCAGGACAGUGAUGAAGAAGGCAACGACCCGGAGGACUGGACUCCAGACCCGACAGACGCCGUCCCCGAUAAGAUGGGCUCGAAACGUCGUUCGUCAGACAUCAUCAGCCUGCUGGUCAGUAUCUACGGCAGUAAGGACAUCUUCAUAGAUGAAUACAGAGCCGUGCUGGCCGACAGACUGCUGCACCAACUCAACUACAACACCGCCAGGGAAAUUCGUAACGUGGAGCUGCUGAAGCUCCGGUUUGGGGAUUCUCACAUGCAUUACUGCGAGGUCAUGCUGAAGGACAUGGCGGACUCUCGGAGGAUCAACAGUAACAUCCGCGAGGAGGAAUCGAGGCUGAGCGAGGAGGAGCAGCUGCCGCUGUCCCUGUCGUCUAUCAUCCUGUCCUCCGAGUUCUGGCCUCCGCUGAAAGAGGAGAAGCUGGAGCUCCCUCCGCUCGUCUGCCAGGCCAUGGAGGCCUACACACACCGCUACGAGAAACUCAAGGCCAUGAGGACGCUGAGCUGGAAGCCUCACCUGGGCUCAGUCACUCUGGACUUGGAGCUGGAGGACCGCACCCUCACCAACCUCACCGUCUCUCCCAUCCACGCUGCCAUCAUCCUGCACUUCCAGGAAAAAAGUACUUGGACGCUGGAGGAGCUGAGCGGGAAGCUGGGCGCCCCGAAGGAGCUGGUGCACAGGAAGCUGGCUCUGUGGCAGCAGCACGGCGUGCUGAGGGAGGAGGCGGGAGGCCGCUACUACGUGGUGGAGACGGGCUCGUCCAAAGAGAAGAUGGAGAGAGGCGUGAUGCUGAUCGACAGUGACGAGGAGAGAGACUCCAACACUACCACCCAGUCUGAGCAGAGGGAGGAGAAGCUGCAGUUGUUCUGGGCCUACAUCCAGGCAAUGCUGACCAACCUGGACAGCAUGACGCUGGACCGCAUCCACUCUAUGCUCCGGAUGUUCGUCGCCACAGGACCCGUCGUCACGGAGAUGGAUGUCAACGAGCUGGAGGCCUUCCUGCAGAGGAAGGUCAGGGAGCAUCAGCUGAUGGUCUCCGCAGGCGUUUACAGACUCCCCAAAUCCAACUGAUGAAAGAGGAGCACGAGAGUGAAACAAGGAGGACAAACUGCAUCCAGGUGCUUUGUGGGUAAUAUAGGAAAAUAUUCUUCUCCUCAGCUUUUGGGAAGGAACACUACUAACAUUGCUAAUUGCAGCUAUUAGUAAAUUCCUGUUUGUUCUACAGACAGAUCCUGUUUUUCAGAUUAAUUCUGAAAUCAACCCACAAGUAUCAGUUGCUGAAAGAAGGAGACAUUCUUCACGGCAAUCCAAUAGAAUUUCCACCAGCGUGUCAAACUGGAUUUUCCUGUGAUACAAAGGCAGCAUAACUUUAACCUUUCCUCGGAAAGGUUUGGUUUUCAAAAUAAAAAGCACUUCCACUCUCUUUAGCAUCAGUUCAGACAGUGUUGAUGCUGCAGCUGAAAGUGAAAGGGAUAGUUGUGGUGUUUCUCAGUGGGGUUGUAUGAGGUACUUAUCCAUAGUAGGUGUAUUACUUACAGUAGAUGACGGUCAGUGCGUCCCCAGCUUGGAGAAACAGACAGGAGCACCGACACCGGAGCAAAGCAAUACAGUGCUGUGGACGGGUACAGCAGGAAAACUGUAUUUUAGCCACCUAAAAAGAAAGGCCCGCCCUAAAAACAUUGAUAUACGCUAUAUUAAGAAUAUUAUCACAGCUCUAUCUUGCCGUCAGAUAGCCCUUCUCCUUUCCAACGGGGAACUGAAAGUGAAACAUAUCUAUGCUCUCAAUAAACCAGCAGGCUCAGAUGACCAAAACAGUAUAGAUUUGUUUCACUUCAGGUUCAGUUCGCCAUCGGAAAAUAUUCUAAAUAUAGGAUACACUUAAACAAUCAAUUUUUUUUAGGUGAGCUUUUCUUUUAGGUGGCUAAAAUACGUUUUUCUGCCGUACCCGUCCACAGCACUGUGUUGCUUUGCUCCGGUGUCAGUACUCCUGUCCUACGACCGUUAUCUACUGUAAGUAAUACACCUACUAUGGAUAAGUACCUCAUACGCUUCAAAACACCCGAGCUAUUACUUUAAGUUGUUGUGAGGUUUUAUUGGUGUUGAACACUGAUGUAUAAUACUGAUGUAUUAUAAUUAUAAAAGCUCUUUUAAUGUC